AUGCAUUUUCGACUUUUCACAUUGAUUUUCUCGUUGACGUCGGCUGUGCCGAUUCUGAUUCCCGUCAAUGAGAUUUGCAAGCGCGGCGACUCGUUUUGGACCGUCGAGCCGGGCGCCCUUUUGUUCGUCGCUUCCACCGAUGAGCCGAAAGAGUUGAACGCGAUCAGAGUGAAGAACGCCAAGUUGGAGAGGACACUGGACGAGGUGAAUCGAGAAUUGAAUUCGGAUGGGUCGAAGGUCGGCUGGAAGUUGACGACCGACACCGUCGCAUUUUUUGCGUCGGCGAAUUGCGCGAAUCUCACCGGCGUCGUCUACAUCACGACGGCGAAGCAAGCCGAUGAUCCCAACUUCCUCGUCUACCAUGCGGAUCGUCGAAUGAAUAUUCAGACCGAUCGCGACCAGACGACGAUAGUGAUCAUCAGCGAGCACAUCUACAGCGUCGACGGAUUCGGCCGAGCGCUGAAAACGACAAAAAUCUCGAACAUCCAGCAGCGUUUCGACGGCAAAUUGACGAUGUAUCGCGGCGCGCCCGGCGCCAAUUAUCGCAAUCCGAUCAUCAAAGAGGUCGCCAAUCAGAAGGUGUUCGAAAAUCCGCUGAAUUCGUCGAAAGUCGCCAACUUCUUCUACAAUAUCGAUCCGAUGCAAGUCAACUUCGACGUGUUCUAUGUGAGCGCCGACAAGUUUUUGAAGUUGCUCGUCGAACCCGUCUGGGAGGAUCCCAACUCGAUGCCGAAUAAUCGGCUGACAUCGACGGGUCUCAUCACGUGCCAACACAAAUGCGAAAAAGUGACCAUCGGGUUCUCGACGCGAAUUGCGACGGCCAUUUCUGGUGCAAUGUACAACACGGAUGUUUACGGAAACGUGCAAAUCAACAUUCAAAAUUUGAUGAAAAAGAUCACUGGCCAAUCGAUUGGAGAAGUGAGCGCGAGAAUCGCGGCUCAGCAGAUUGUGAUCACACCGUCCGAAGAGGAUGACGGCUUCUACGCGUUUCAGUAUUUUCUCGUCAUGACCAAAUAA